UCGUCCGUGAAUCCUGUGCCACGAAAAUUAGUUAAAUCUUCUGCUCUUAGUCUUCUCUCCUUCACUCACAAAUCCUGAAGAGACAGAACACAAACUCAUAAAUCUUUUUGGUUUUCGACAAAAGAAGGAUACUUCUGAUUCAGAUCUGAACUAAAGGUGUAAACGAGUUAAUGGAUCGUUAUUCGAGGAGGAACGCUGAGGAUCUAGUUGUGCCUAACUAUCAUGAGACAUCGGAUUCAUACCCAUCUUCUGAUAUGUGGGGUGGAUGGAGUAUGAACUCCCAGAAAGCUGCUGAGAAAUGCUUUGACUUCGAUGUGAUUAACAAUGGAUUCAGCGGAGGGUUAUACAGUCAGAUGGAUAUGGAGAUAGGGACGAGUGGAGAAGAAGUAAAACAAGAAGAAGAAGAGGAAUCAAAGAGGUUAAAGACUCUUGGUUGUUUCUAUAACUCUGCUUCGUCGCUUCAUGAUUUCGAUGGAAUCCAGCAGAUGGAUGACGUAUUCUUAAGUUCCAUUUUGGAGGAUGUUCCAGGGAAUGGCAAUCUCCAUUGUUUCAAAGAGUCGGAUAACAACAGCCCCGGCUCUUCCUCUGUUGCCUAUCUUGACACUCUCGACGGCAGGGAAGUACCGAUGUAUCAAUACAACUGGGAAGCUUGUAAUGACAUGCCUCUUAUGGAGGGGGAGGAAGCAAUGAAGAUCUCGGAUCUGUGUGAGGAGAACAUGGGAGAGCCAUCUACAGAAGAAGUUGUGUUGCAGGAUCUACAGAGGGCUAGUGAAAAGUUGAAUGAUGUUACCCGGAAAUGCUUCCGCGAUACUUUCUACCGGCUUGCAAAGAACUCACAACUGAAGUGUGAAUCAGACAACAUUAACUCAGAGGCAUUCCUUGAGGAUAGAACCUUCAGUGGGAACAUAAACCAGAAGACUGAAUCUGAAACGAACUCAAUCGACAGAGCAGUCGCGAACCUCACGUUCAACAAUAUGGAGUCCAACAUGAGGAAUUUGCCUCCACCAAAGAGAGUUUCUUGUAAUCAAGGGUAAAAGAAAGCUUCGGAACAAGAACAAAAAUGUGUUUGUAUAUAUAUAUAAUAUAAAAUUAUAUUUUGUGUGUGUUAUGUGUUGCUUUGGCUCGACUUUCCAAGCUUCAGUUUUGAUCUGUUCAAAAUACAAUCCGAUCAAACUACGUUGACUUUGUUUCUUGGAUUUCAUUUUCUCGAUGCAACGUGUUGUUUCCUAAUGAAUCAAUAUGUAAAUGAACUCUCUUUCACCA